AUGCUGCCUGCCACCUUCAAACUUUGUGCCGGCAUCUCCUACCGGCAUAUGAGAAACAUGACAGGUUUGAGGAAGAGUGCCAUGGUGGCCUUUCACCAUGAGCUGAACAGACUGGCAGGUCCGGGCCCCACUACCUGGAUCAACCAUGUUCGCAGACGAAGCUCCCUGCUCAGUUCUCGGAUUAAAGAGGAGAAUGGAUACAAUGAGGAGGAGAUGUCUUAUGUGAAGCAAGGUGAGGAUGCUCUGCAGAAGGCCAUCAACAUCCUCGGCGAGCAGGAUGGCUGGACCACUGAGACUAUAGCUGCAAAUGGAGACAAAGUCCUGAGUAAGGUGUUGCCUGACAUUGGGAAAGUGUUCAAGCUGGAGGUGAUGCUGGAGCAACAUCCUGACAAUCUUUAUGAGGAGCUGGUGGGGAACAUGGAGCAAAUGGGGGAAUGGAACCCUAACGUCAAACAGGUCAAGAUCCUCCAAAAGAUCGGCAAGGACACGAUGGUUACUCAUGAGGAGUCUGCAGAGAUGCCUGGCAAUAUUGUGGGACCAAGGGACUUUGUCAGUGUCCGCUGUGCCAAACGCAGAGGCUCCGCCUGCUUCCUGGCUGGGAUGUCCACUCAGCAUCCAAAAAUGCCUGAGCAGAGGGGGGUAGUCCGGGCGGAGAAUGGGCCUACUUGUAUAGUGUUGAAGCCGUGUGCUGAAGACCCGAAUAAGACCAAGUUCACCUGGUUACUGAGCAUAGAUCUAAAGGGCUGGAUCCCAAAGACAAUCAUAAACAAAGUGCUCUCUCAGACGCAGGUGGACUUUGCCAACCACCUCAGGCAAAGGAUGGUUAAUAAUGUUUCUAUGGAGAUGGCUCAUGCCUGCUGACACAAGAUGCCUCUUGAGCUUUGGCACAGUGCACUCAACGGUGGCAGAAAAAGCAACCCCUGCUCAUUAAAAACCACAUGAAUCUGCUGAAAGCUGCUGAACAAAAUAAUAGAGGAAUCCAGAGAGUACUGAGGAGAUGAGAUGAAGGUGAUGCUCGUCUGAGAUCUUUGGAAAAAAUCCUCAGCACAAAUGCUUGUCUUCGAUUGACAAAUGUGUGUUUUUCUUUCCCAGAUGAAUGAAAAAUCUGUUAUGAGAAUUUGCAUCAAUGAAACCAAUCUUACACACUCAUCCACAUCACUCUGCUGCACCUUGGUGGACACACAGAGCCAGUGUGAACAAUAAAACACAAGCGGCACAUUGUUUCUCUCUGAUGACA